UAUUGUUUAGUAACCCCCGUCAUGACACCGUUAGUGAGAAAAGAUUUCGUUCGUUUGGUAUGAUACCAGUUGCAACAAACGGGGGUUCCUUGAUCUGUUCCACAAAACAGGAGCCCAAUAGCUAGAUCAGUGAGUUUGAUCAAUCAAUCGACCAAUCACCAUGUCUGAUGAACAGGCACGGCCGUCGGUGGACGAUGAGAUGGUACACAGUCGCAAUGAUGUGAGAACCAAUACCAACCGGAGUGUUGUGCGACCGAGAGCACCACCUCGAUCGAUGCGUUUCUUUCGUGAUUUGUCGGCGAGCGAAAAGGAAGAAAUGGGUCGUCAUGCCGCCAUCAUUUUGGAGUUGACAGCGAAUGAGUCUUCCAGAACUACCAGUACUACUACCGGUACUAGCGGCAGUGAGACUGAAACAUCCUGGGACGAUGACAAUCUGUCCGAAAUUACUUCAGCCUGUCCAGCGGGAGCCUUUGAGACUACUACGACGACAGCCGCCAUGGAGACGUUGGGCGAGAUUCUACGAGAUUGCGAUUCCUUUGUCAAUCCAUCCGAGAACCUUCCGGUAGCAGUGGCGGAGCUCGUGAGUGUCUGUCAAGAACGAAACAGUCGAUUGGAAGCAGCCGAAGUCAUGAUUCGACGACUCCAGCAACUCAUUUCAGGGACGACUAUCGUUCAUGCAUUUGCAACCCCACCGCAACCACCGCAACGCUCCAACAGUGAUCCUCCUGCCAUGUAUCCGGCUCGCGUUCCACACCAAGUGAGUGGACGACGACAAGCACAAGAUCCACCUGAAGCAUCAGAGGAGGUACCGGUACAUGUGGAAGAAGAUGAGCCGCAAUCAGCUCCUCCUUCUGUGGGAGUUCAGGAAGACAACCGGCCAGUGACUUUGCCGGCUGUCCCAGAGGAGGCUGAAAAUCAGUCUGAUUUGCCCCAAAUCAAUCAUGAUGGUCAAGAAGAUACCAGCACUCAGAAUCAGCCAGAGAGUCCAGCCAUGGAACCGGAGACUGAACCAGACGAACAACAAAACAUGGAUUCUUCACCGAAAACGGAAAUGAAACAAGCCAACCUGAUGGCGGCGUCAGCUGUCAUGGAUGAUGCCGUGGUACAAAGUAUCAUAGAAGUCGUAAGGCAAGAACUCCGACAGGAGCUUCGAGCCAGUGGUGCCAUUGGAGUUGAUCCAUCCACCGUGAAUGCCUUGGCCGAAGAAAAGGUCAAGGAGUCUGGCAACAACAACAACAAUGACAUCAUCCAGCGCCUAUCCGUCGCCAAGUUGUCCCAACAAGAAUCGGAGAGUACUAACGAAAAAGAGGAACCUCGGAAACGACCAGCAACCCGAAAAACCUCAGAUCCACCGUCGGUCGACGAACUCGAACAGUUGCACAAAUCCGUUUCGACUCUCGAUCCACCUGCCAUUGACUGGAAAGAGUUUAUUAUUCGCGAGGAACAAAAUGCCAAAGAAAACGAUUCAGCUGAUGCCGAUGAGCUACGAAAAAUGAAGAUGGGCAUUGCAGAAGACACAGAGGGCAUGGCGGCCACCCCCACGAAACCACCAGCACCACAACAGCAAGGCAAACCCAAAAAGACAGCACCGGCCACGGUGCCAGGUGCGGUCCGUGUCUCUGAGGUGGGCGCCUUUCGUGUGUCGCCCAGAACUUCUACUGCCGAACAGAGCGAACGCGAGGCUCGAGAAGCCGAAAAGACCGGUUUGGAAGCCGGAACGUUUAUUGCCAGUGGCAACUCGGACGUGGAGCGUGGUUCCAUCAUUGUUUCUCCCUCCGCACAGCAGCCACCGCCGAUUGCUGCAAGAAGAGACGACGAGAGCGUCGCUACGGAGCAAAUAAAAAACCAACAGGCAAACAGCAACCCCGAUCAAGCCAAGCCAAAGGAUUGGGAACCAACAGAGAUUUAUCUAGAAGGAGAAGAAGAUGCGAAACCGAAAGCAGCCAACAAUACGACAAUCAGAGCACCCGAGACUGCGAGCACGGGCCCCUUUUCACACAACAUUGCCAAUCAACAGACGACACAGAACCGAACAGCACAGGCGAAUUCCUCCGUGCUGGAGAUCCCAGAGCGACCUUCGAGUGGGGCCGACCGCUUGGGUUUUUGGGAUAGGACGAUGAUUGAUCUGAAAACGGACGCCGUUCACGAUACACGAACCCGUACAACAGCCGCCGCCGCCGCUCCACCUGUGACUGAAGAUACAAGCGUCAGUAAAUCAUUGUCCGUUGCGACAGUGUUGGCCACACCGGUAGCACCCGAUCACUCCUCCAGAAACAAUUCGACCAUUGCUAGCAGCGGAAACGACACCAACACGGACGGUCUGCUUGCAGCCACUGUCGCCCUGGAGGAUCAAAACGAGACCAUCCUUCAAUUGACACAAGCCGUGUUUUCCUUGCAGGAGGAAAUGAGGCGCCGGGAUGAAACCAUCCCGAACGCGGAAGUCGUGCCAGAGCCACGAGACCAAGGUGUCGGUCUAAAGUGCCAGUGCAUCAUUCUCUAACGCUCGGAAAUACAUUCUUAAGUAAAACUAUAGCUGUAUAUUACGUCUCCUGCUACGGCAUGGUGUGAUUGGAUGCACAGGUGAAGCAAAUGACAAUGGAUGCUGCUACAGCAUGGUUGCGAAGUGAAACUAUUGCUACCACUGCAACUACAAUAAACAAUGAAGCCAUGAUUUUGUUGGUGAAGAUUGUCUACUAUGUGUUAUUGUUCUAUGAUUAUGUUUGGCUGCAUUUUUAAAAGAUUUGUAGCAUCAACAAUGAUAGAGGUUGGUUGUCGGGUGUCACGGGUAUUAACUUUGGACUUUCGUCGCGUGGAGGACGUUCGGACAAGCACUCUGCAAUAGAGGCUGCCUAGCACAGGAACCACAAACCUGGCU